CCAUGAUGGCGGGCACCGCCGGCGAGGAGGAGCUCGAGGCCUCGUGGCAAGACCUGGGCCCGGGCUCGGCUUCGACUCCGACGUGGGCUUUGGCACUGACCCCGGCCCCGGGACCGACCCCGGCCUCGACACCCUCUUUGUCUCUGGCCUCGGAGUCUCUCCAACCCCUGCAGGACCUGACCGGCGAUGGAGGGGUGCGCAAGGAGCGGCUGUGCCCCGGCACAGGGCAGCCUGUGCCCCCAUCCGCCUCCGUGGCAGUGAAGUACUCCGGGUACCUGGGAAAUUGGAAUAAGCUCUUCUGUUCAAACGGGAACAGCAAGUAUCCAAGGCUGAUGAAACUUGGAAAAGACAUCACACUGUGUGGGCUGGAGAUUGGGCUGCUGUCUAUGACCAAAGGAGAGGCUGCACUUUUCAUCCUCACUCCAGAAUACGCCUAUGGCCAGCGGGGCUGUCCUCCCUCCAUCCCUCCAAACACCACUGUCCUCUUCAAGGUGGAGGUGCUGGACUUCAUAGACUCAGAGGAGUGCGACGCAUUCUUUGAGUUGACUUAUGAACAACGGGAUAGACUUCCUUUAGAAAAGGUGCUGAAAGUGGCAGCCACAGAGAGAGAGUUUGGCAACUACUUCUUCUAUAAGCAGUGCUUCAAGAUUGCCAAGGACAGAUACAAGAGGGCACUGUCCAUCCUGGGUCGCAGCUCUUCCAGUAAGGCAGAGCAGAGCCAGAUCAACGCUUCCAAACUGCUGCUGUUCCUGAAUCUUUCACUCACUUACCUAAAACUGGAACGUGCUGACCGAGCUUUGAAAUACGGGCAGUUAGCCUUGGAGAUGGACCAAAGAAACGCCAAAGCGCUGUUCAGGUGUGGCCAGGCUUGUCUCUACAUGAGGGAGUACAGCAAAUCCCGGGAUUUCCUGGCCAGAGCUCAGUGCAUCCAGCCCUUCAACCGUGAUAUUAACAAUGAGCUGAAGAAGUUGGCAAGAUACUACAAGGAGUACAUGGAAAUGGAGAAAGAAAUGUGCUGCCAGAUGUUUGACCCUCUCAAUUCUUAUGGCUGAGAAGAAGUCAAGGACUGUUCCAGCUGUCCAGCUCUUGGCACAUGGAGGAGAUCUCAGCAUCACAUACAGGUUUUUGGAAAAGGGGCAGGAGCACUGUCUUACUUGGAGGGACUGAAGUGAAGGUUUUGUCCUGAUUUUCCUGCAGUUUAGUUUGUUUGCCAUGUUUUGAGGCAGUUUCCAGAAUAAUUAAGUCCCACUGUUGGAGAGGAAGGGGUUUGUGUAAAUUCCUUUUCUUCUCCCACGCACAUAGUUUAAAGAAAACUCUUUCCCGACAUCCUGCUCUUGCAGAUAGAUUCUAGGCUUCUUUCAUGGAGUUUGUAAGUAGGAGGAGAAUGCCAUGAAGUUUUCUAUUUACAUAGGUUGUUCUUAAAAAAUUAUGAUUGAUAUUUUUGUUCUGAAGAAAUAAAACAA